AUGGAAAGGCUCCUCCUCCCCCUGCUGGCUCUGAGCACCGCCGCGAAGGCCAUGCCGUGCCCCAAGCGCUGCACGUGCCAAACGCUCUCCCCAUCCUUCACCAUCCUCUGCACCAAAACGGGGCUCCUCUUCGUGCCGCCCGGCCUCGACCGGCGCACGGCCGAGCUGCGCCUCAUGGACAACUUCAUCACCACGCUGCGGAGGAAGGACUUUGCCAACAUGACCAACCUGCUCCACCUCACCCUGUCCAGGAACACCAUCAGCCACAUCAUGCCUUACGCCUUCUCCGACCUCAAGGGCCUCCAUGCCUUGCACUUGGACAGCAACCGCUUGACCCGCAUCGACGAGGACCACCUCAAAGGCUUGGUCAACCUCCGCCACCUGAUCCUCAGCAACAACCAACUGAGCUCCAUCUCCCCCGCUUCCUUGGAUGACUUCAUUGAGACCAUCGAAGACCUGGACCUGUCCUACAACAACCUCGCGCGCGUCCCUUGGGACACCAUCGCCAAGCUCUCCAACGUCAACACCAUCAGCUUGGACCACAACCUCAUCGAGGCCGUGCCGGAAGGGAUCUUCUCCAACCUCCAUAAGUUGGCCCGUUUGGAUAUGACCUCCAACAAGCUGAAGAAGAUCCCCCCGGAUCCUUUGUUCUCCAGGAUCCCCGUCUACACCAAACCCAAGGGCUCGCCCUUGUCCUCCUUGGUGCUCAGCUUUGGUGGGAACCCAUUGCAUUGUAACUGCGAACUGGUGUGGUUGAGGCGCCUCACUAGGGAGGAUGACCUGGAAACCUGCGCCUCCCCACCGGAGCUCAUGGGCAAGUACUUCUGGUCCAUCAAAGAGGAGGAGUUUGUGUGCGAGCCCCCCAUGAUCACCCACCGCACCCCCAAGUUGAUGGCGACCGAAGGGCAAAGCGUCUCCUUGAAGUGCAAAGCGGUCGGUGACCCCGAUCCCUACGUCCGAUGGAUCGCUCCCGAUGGGAAGCUGGUGUCCAACACAUCCAGGACUAUCUCCUAUGAGAACGGGACCUUGGACAUCCUCAUUGCUUCAAUAGGGGAUAAAGGCACCUUCACCUGCAUCGCGUCCAAUGCCGCUGGUGAAUCGACGGCGCCGGUUGAGCUCGCGGUGAGCCCGUACCCCAACCUUGCCAACAGCACCCAUUGCGACAAGGAUGCCGAACCCGGUCCGUCGGACAUCCUCAUCCCGGCCAAAUCCAGCUUCCCCAAUGAGACAAAGGGGGAGCAGGACAAGGGGGUGAUGGUCACGGAGCUGACGUCUUCCUCGGCUCUUAUCCGGUGGCCGGCCCAGCAUCACCUGCCUGGGAUGAGGAUGUACCAGCUCCAGUACAACAGCUCCGCCGAUGACAUCCUCGUGUACAGGUAA